CCAUGGAGGAAGUUCACGGUGUGCUCGGCAAGAAGCAAAGUCUGCCCUGUGAUAUUAAGACAAGGGAUCGGGAUGACGCAGUUGCCAUGGUUUUGUGGUUUAAGGAGACCGUAGGCGAGCCGCUGUAUAGUUUCGACGUCAGAGCCCGACAGUUCAACCAAGCAAAGCUGUGGUCAUCACCGGAAAUGUUCGGACCUAGGGCAUUUUUUCGAGCUGCUACGGAUCCAGCAGCAUUAGUUAUAGACAAUAUUAAAUUAGCGGAUGAAGGUGUUUACCGAUGCCGUGUAGACUUCAAAAACUCCCCAACCAGAAACAGUAAAGUUAAUUUUACUGUUAUAGUUCCGCCUGAAAAAAUCAACAUUUAUGACGGACGUAAAAAGGAGAAUUCCGUAUUAUUGGGCCCAUACAACGAAGGUUCCAAUAUUAACCUAGUUUGUGAAGUUAAGGGAGGUCGUCCGAAACCAAAGGUAACGUGGUUCCUAGAAAACACAGUGAUCGAUGACUCAUAUGACGUAAGAUCAGACGGUACGGUAGUCAACCAUGUAACAUUUCCAAAUGUUGGGCGCCAACAUUUACACGCAAGACUGAUUUGCCAAGCCAGCAACAAUAAUCUCGUCCCGGCUGAGACGAAAGCGGCUGUCCUAGAUAUUAAUUUAAAACCCCAGAGUGUGAAUAUUUUAACGCAAGAAAAGCACGUUUCUGCCGAUAAAAGAUACGAAGUAGAGUGCAGGACCUCGGGUUCCAGGCCCGACGCUAUCAUAACUUGGUGGAAGGGUAACAGACCUGUCAGAAGAGGGAAAGAGAAAAAUUUCUCCGAGCAGAACAAUCAAAGCCUGAGCAUUUUGACGUUUGUGCCUGUGAUCGAUGACGACGGCAAAUACUUGACUUGUCGAGCAGAGAACCCGUCCAUCCCUGAGAGCGCCCUGGAGGACAAGUGGAGAUUAAACGUCCAUUACGUACCAAUUGUUACUCUUAGAAUGGGUAUAUCAUUAAAUCCUGAUGAUAUUAAAGAAGGUGAUGAUGUUUACUUCGAAUGCUUGGUCCAGGCCAAUCCCAAAGUUCACAAACUUUCUUGGUUUCAUAAUGGAGUAGAAAUUUUUCAAAACAAUGGAGCGGGUGUGAUAAUGAGUGAUCAAAGUUUAGUACUACAAAACGUGGCUCGGUCAACUGCGGGGAACUAUACGUGUAUGGCAACUAAUACAGAAGGAAAAGGUGUCAGUAAUCCAGUCAAAUUAGUAGUCAGAUAUGCUCCUAUAUGUGUUCAAGAUAGAGAAGAACUGUAUGGAGCACUCAAACAAGAGACUGUCAUUUUAAGGUGUAGCGUUGACGCUCAUCCGCCAGUAGUUGCUUUUCAUUGGACAUUUAACAAUAGUGGGGAUCAAAGUGAUGUGUCUCCGGACAAGUUUACUAGUGAAGUGACUUCAUCUAGACUGAACUAUACGCCUGCCACCGAUUUAGAUUACGGUACUUUAUUGUGCUACGGUGAAAACGAAAUCGGCAGGCAAAAGGAUCCUUGUGUCUUCCAAGUUGUAGUAGCAGGUCGUCCAUCUCAACUUCAAAAUUGUACAUUAAUAAAUCAAACCUCAAACUCGCUGCAAGUCGACUGCAUGGAGGGUUUUGACGGAGGUCUUCCGCAGAGUUUUCUUAUGGAAGUCCUAGAGCUUCCUAGUCUUAGGCCGAGACUUAACCUGACUACUUACAGAACCCCUCCUGUAUUCAGCGCAAAUGGUCUAGAUGCGGGAGCCAGCUAUAGAAUUAUCCUAUAUGCGGAAAACGCAAAAGGCAGGAGCGAUCCAACCAUCAUCGACCCAGUCACGUUCAAAGGCGUUGCCAAAUUGCAAGGUUCCACCGCAUCCAUGCCAGUCAGUCCUCUUCUUAUUGGACUCCUUGGUACAGCUGCAUUUCUCGCAACAGGAGUAUGUCUAGUAUUAGUCGCGCUCUGUCGCCGACAUUUGACGCACCACCUCCAUAGCAGCAGAUCGUGCCACCGUCCCACAGACAACGGUUCCAAACAUAUGCCCAUGGAGGCCGUUAUUGCAGCCGACGAUCUGAUAGUCGACGGUUCCAUAACUGGAGUUAGAACCCCGCUCACACCUCAUACAGACCAACCCCUCGUUAUAGAGGCGGUUCAGCAACGAGGAGUACUUGAAGGAGCUGAUCCUGAUAUUAUCAGGAACCAAUACGAGAGGCGUCCAACCUACAGCUUUAUGAAAGUGUAUGAACCCCCUGGAACGAGAGACGAUGAUCUCGAUGAAGAAGGAGUUGAGUAUGACUUCCGACAUGUUGCCAAAGAAUCCCCACAUAUUCCUUCUAAUCAGACUAUUUACAGAAGUCUGCAAAGGCCUACUAGAAACGCCACCCUUCCUCCUCUGCCGGGUGCCCAUACCAUCACACACAAGUAUCGGGGUCCCGAAGUUGUUACAACCUCGAAUCGAAUACAAGAAAGUUGCAUAUAAAUGUCAUUGUUUUUAUCAUGUAAUAUAUGAAUGUAAUAUUAAAACAAACACAAAUAAAAAUUUCAUUGUCGAUAUUA